UAUCGAUGUAGAUCACUUUUUUCUUGCUAGAUCCUUAUCUUUAAAGCCAUACUUCCCAUGGCUUCCAGCUGUUGCACUGAGGUUUCACAUCAUAUUUCCAGAAGGCUUCUAGAAAGAGUGACUACGUGUCGAUUCCAAAGAGCUGAUGGGGACUGUAACUUGGCUGCUGUCAUCCUUCAUGUCAAGCGCAGAAGAAUCUGUAUCAGCCCACACAGUCAUACUGUAAAGCAGUGGAUGAAUGCGCAAGCAGCCAAGAAAAAUAGCAAAGGCAACAUUUGCCAUAAGAAGAAACACCACGGCAAAAGGAACAAUAAGAGGGCAUAUGAGAGAAAAUACGAAACACGUGGCCAUAAAGAUUCUCAGUAGCAUUAACUAAUGGAUUUACAGAGAUUGCUUAAGUGAACUUGGCCAUGGCUGGUUAUAAAUGUGAAUUUUCUAAGUUAGCAGCCAACAGGGCAAAGCAAACUACUGGUUUUUAAAAAAAUAAACAAUUGUGGGAAGUAAUCUUAAGUUCCAAGGUAAGGAUUGCCUGCAGAAACUUGCUGUGCUUUCCUAAUACAGCUCACUAUCCUGCUGUCUUCACAGCUUGUGAGAAUUUUGGCCAUGAGUCUGUGAAACAUGCAAACAAACCAGGCAUUGAUUUUUGUUAAUUGUUGUCCUCCCUCUUAGCCUCCAUUCUUUUUUUUCUUAGUGUCACACUCAAAGAGGGAAAAAUGGGUAACACUGGAGGAGCUCACCAGUCUGAAUGGGUUAUACUCUAAAAGAUUGUUAAUAUGCCAGGCAUGGUGGUACAUGCUUGUAAUCCUAGCACUUGG